AUGAACUAUAUGAAAGCUUGGAGAAGUAAGGAACAUGCAGUAAACGACUUGAGAGGUAAUGCUAGUGACUCGUACAGCCUAAUACCGAGUUUCUUACACAUGGUGGAAAAAACAAACCCUGGAUCAUUUGUGGAUCUGAAAACGGCAGAAGACAACAGCUUGCUCUUUGUUUUCAUGGCGUUGGAUGCAUCCAUAAAAGGGUGGGGAGCAUGCAGACCGAUAGUUGUUGUGGACGGAACGUUCCUCAAAGCAGCUUAUGGGGGAACUUUGUUGUGCGCAUGCACACAAGAUGCAGCAGGUCAUAUUUUUCCACUAGCGUUUUGUGUUGCAGAUUCUGAGAAUGACCAAUCUUGGAAAUGGUUCUUCAAAAAAUUUAAAGAAGCGUAUGGUGUACGGGAACACCAAUGCCUAAUUUCAGACAGAAAUGAAAGCCUCAUCAAAGCAGCGAGAGAAAUCUAUCCAGAAAUUGCACACAGUUACUGCGGUUACCACAUUUUGAGCAACCUUAAAACAAGCUUCAAACAACAUGCUGCCAAAUACAAUAUGCCAUUCUUUGGAGCAGUGAAAGCCUACACAGAAAAGCAAUUCGAGUUCCACAUGGCUGAAUUGGAUGGAUUGGACAAACGCAUAAGACCUUACCUCAAAAAAAUCGGCAAGGGAGCUACCAAUUACAACGCUGCUAGAAUGCUUGAGAGCAUUGGUGCAACAAUGGACGCAUACUAA